UUUUUCUGUAUGUUUACAACCAGCUGACAUCCGGCGUCUUCCCGUCCUUUGGCCACCGACACCAGUCAACGCUCCCUGAACCCGCAGAAGAAGAAGAAGUCAACGACAUCCCUCCUCCCUCGAUACCUCCAUGAAACGCGCUCCCCGCUGAGUGAACUCAGCUGAAUGCGACAUUUCAUCACCGUCGUCAGAUGCAGGGCUCUGGCCCCGUCUCCAGCAGCUGAAGCACACCAGCCCUGUCCACUGAUCAUCCACGGCCUCCCUCCUUGCUGAGCCAUGACCUCUCAGAGGGAUCUUGAUAUGGUGCACCUCCGCCUUAUCCUGGUCAGUGGGAAAACGCAAGACUUCACUUUCUCCCCAAAUGACUCGGCCACAGACAUCGCCAAGCAUGUAUUUGAGAACUGGCCUGCAGGAUGGGAGGAGGAGAGGGUGAGCAGUCCCAGUAUACUGCGCCUCAUCUUCCAGGGACGCUUCCUUCAUGGCAACGUCACCCUGGGAGCUCUGAAGCUGCCACCGGGCCGGACAACCGUCAUGCACUUGGUUGCCAGAGAGACUCUUCCAGAGCCCAACUCUCAUGGUCAAAGGAACAGAGAAAAAACCACAGAGAGCAACUGCUGUCUCCUCUUGUAAAGCAACAGAAACCCAAUGACCCCCAACCACACACACACACACACACACACACACACACACAUAACACAAACAUAUAUAUAUAUACAUGCAUACACUCUUUCUCUUCUGCCUGUCAUCCUGUCAGCUGUGGAUUCAGGAUAAAUCACAGGAAGUCUGGUUGGACAGUCACCGGCUUCGGUUGAACGCUUGUCCAAUCUGAGGCUUUUUUUGUGCCAAUUAUAUUCACUUAUUUUUUGCCCCCAAACUUUAACUGUAUCGGCAGAAAUUGCAGUUGUAGUUCCUUUUUGUUUCAGGAUCAUGACAUUAAACGUACCUGAUGCUCCCUCGCUGACCUGUUUGCUGCUGGACACGUUUUAAAGAGCUGUCGUAUGUAGUGGGAAAAGACCAGGGAAGUCAUUGCUCUUCAUGGACACAGUUGCUAUAAAAGAUGUGUUGGCUAUUACCUUUUUCCUACUAGUCACAUGGAUGUUUCCCCAGGUCUUACUGAAUGGUGUUAACCCUCUCUUUGCACUUAACCAGUUUGUUAAUUCAGAAAUGUUUAUCGUGUUUAAUCUUCAUCAUCUUUUCCCCAAUGGAUUUUAUUUUUUUUUUGGUCAGAGGAACAGACCUUAAUUCCCCCCGUGGUAGAAAAUGUGCCAUCCUCCUCAUGAGACUGUUUCUCACUAACUGAUCCGGUCGGUCUGUAUCAGCACCAGUGGCGUUUGUUCCAUUACCCAUACACCUGUUUGUACCUGGAAAUGGACCAAUGGUGAAAAGACUUGUAUGAGGAGGAGUAAACACCUGAGGGGAAGUUCAGGUCCAUGAGAAAACAGGAACAGACAUCGAGGCUUGUAAAAGAUGGAGUCGGAGGAUUCGGCGGGUUGCUUGUGCAGGUGUCGUUUUCGCACCUCUGGCUUUGACUUUAUCGACUAGGCUGUCGGUGUUCCCUCGUCACAGGAGCCGACAUGGCGGGCCAGUUAAACGCAGACAAAAGAAGCGGUUGAAAAUGGGAGGGAGGAGUGUCGUCAGUGUGAGAGCCCCCCCUACUGGACACUGAGAACGAGGCAGGGGGAGAGUUUCUGCCACUUGGAUGAAGAGACAUGAGGAAAAUCUAUUGGUGGUAUUUCACCUCCUUUUCAUUUGGAUGCCGUCUUUACUUCAUGUUUGCCUUUUAUCGUGGAAUUCAGUAAUAUCAUUAAUAUUGAAAUUUAAAUAUAUCAAUUUUUAUCUUGUGUAUAGGUAUUUGUUCAAUUUUAGUGUGGGUGCGUCUGUGUAUGAGUGUGUCUGAGGGUGUGUGAUGCACGUGGCAUACUGUAUGAGGACUGGUGAGGGCAUGUGGUCUUAAAAAAUAAAAAAUAAAAUGUGAUGCACUGGGAGUGUUGAUGGGCUGCGGUUUCUUCAGAAACAGUCGGAAACCGUUUGAUUCCUUCCAUUGAGUGUCCUUUGGUUUGUGUUUUUGUCAAUCAAUGUCACUGCUAUGAAGUUUAGCCCAGUAUGAUUAAAUGUAAAAACUAAAAUGCAAUGUGGUCUACAUAAAAAGCUUGUAUUAUAAAUUAAUAAAUCUUUA